AUGACGUACAACGAGGAACGCCGCUACUCCCAGUUUAUCCUACACGACAUCCAGGGCGAACUCUACGAAGGAGAUACACUGGUGUUCGUUGACUUCUCUACUCACUCCGAACCAUCAGCUGGCAUCGACUGCUACUUGUAUGCUUGGAACUCGGUUCAUUUUCGUAUGCACUCUCAGAAGCUCCUGGACACCGGCUCCUCCAAAUUCUCUGAGAUGCUUAACCCGACGUACCAGUUUCGUGUGCAGCGUCGACGAAAGCUUGUCAACAAACUCCCCGAGGGUGUCAAGUAUGUUCUGGACCUCACUCCCCCCUCCGAGGGUGACGAACUCGUUUUUCAAAUGACUGAGGUAUCGUUGACCCCAGGCAUCAUCAAAUGGUGGACCGCUCACGACAAGCACGGUAUUGACGCCAAUGUUGUUUCCGGUCACGACGAUGUUUGUUCUUGCUGGAGAGAAAUGGUUCCCAAAAUGAAGCAAAAGACGGAUCUUGCCGUUUACGACGUCUUCGGACUGAAUCCUGACCUGGAUAAAGGCACCAAACAGGCCAAUUCGCAGAACUUCCAACUCGAUAUUAAGCCCCAUUAUACGAGGCCCAAACAUGCAUCGAAUACCGGUCUAGCCGCCAAGGUAUUAGAGAAGAAGUCCGAGGGCGACUUCACCUCCGAGCUGGGCCCUACCUACCGCCAGAUACCGGACUACUGCCCGGUCCGCCAUCGCGUCGACAUCCUCCGUCUCAUGUGUCUCAUCGCGGGCAAACGGGUCAUUAUCGAUUCCGCGCCUCUGGCAUGGACUCUGGUGGCUGUAGCGAAGAUUUUCGACUGCACGAGCGUGCUUCGCGACCCCGUUCUCCAGUGGAUUAUGAGCCCCAACAAUACGGUCUUCAUCGAGGUCUUGCCCGAGGAAAGCCUCCAAAUGGGCGUGGCUCUGAGACUGGACCAAAUCACGCGCUCCGCCUUUCGGAUCUUGGUGAACGAGCUGGCUCUCGAGGAGGCCGCUAGGCCGAAUGGCACACCCAAGGCGGCCGCGUACACUGUCUUUGGUCGCAGGCGUCACGACCCUGGUGAUGAUCUGAAUAACCUCAUCCAGCAUGCGGCCCGGGCCAUGGUAGAGCGCGUGUCGGGGUUGGUUAAUCGGUUGGUCAGCGAGACGAUAUUUGAUGACAUGCAAAAUCCCGAAUGGCUGCGGUUGCAGAACCUCAUCGGCAUGCUCUCCAACUACCCCGACGACAAGUCUAUCCGGUCGGCCAAAUAUCACGCGCUCAGCUUGGCUAAGUUUUUGAGAAACACAUGGAACGACAUUGUGGUCCACAACUUGCUCCAUAAGCCCCUCGACUCUCUUUUAUCGAGAAAAGCCGACGACCACCGCGCCACUUACGUGGAUGUUCGGCACUUCGUCCCUCUUGAGGUUGUGUACUACCGGUUCAACAAUGUGCAAAAAGCUCUGUGCUCAUUCGUGUACGAGGCUGUCGGCGUCGAGUGGUCCAGCAUUGCCUGCGUUUUCUCCAUAGGCCCUCAGCGUCGCCGCUUUCAAAUUAUGGUAAAUGAUUUGAGGAUUGCGCUCGAGAAGCUUGUGAGAAAUCACACCGAGUUGGGUCAGGACCCAGCCUGCAGAGAGCUGCUCAAUUUGCCGCAGACAGUCUUUGAUGACAUUAGCGCGAAAAGAUUUUCCAGCACCAUCUACGACAGCCCGCAGGCGGCAUUCGACGACAUAGCUUUUGAAGUGUCCAUCCACGAUUUCCUUGUGCCCUUCCACCAGGAGUGUAACCGUGCCGACUUUGAAAUUAAGAUGGAGGUGACGCCACACCUGUUACUCAACCUACACCAUAACGAACUGAAGUUCCUACCGCUCUGGGCCGGCGGAAACGAUGACGGAAGCGGCGGGGUUUUCGAGGACUCCCUACCGCCAGCCGAUUAUGGACCGGCUGGCCCGGGCCCGGUCUAUCACACCGGCGUCACGAUCCCCUCGGACGCUUCCAGCACAUCAGGCUCGAUCAGCAGCGUGCUAGGGCAUCUUCGUUUGGAAGGAGGGAGUACCAUCGGUCCCGGCAGCAUCGACGUACAGGACGGCAUCUCGACCGUCCUCAACCCGGCGAAGGUGGUGGCCGAUGACCGGUCAAUCCGCACGGAAUCGUUCACGGAUGGAGAGUCCGAGUAUGGCAACGCGAGGUACGCCGUGCCCGCCGAUGGCCAGUCCAUUGCCGACGCGUUCAGCGCCGCGGUCCUCGACGAAGCUCCCGACCAGUCGAAUUCCGGUGCCAGCGUCAACUUCGAGGAGGAGAACGACGACACGAACGAGGCCAUGACGGAAGUUGAUCCUGACGAGAGCCGCUCCCGGGAGGAGACCCCAGAGUAUGUCGUGGCAAGCUCCGAGGCGCGGGACAUGGCGCCUGGUGGCGGUCGGUCCUCAACUGCACCCUCUGUCGAGGGUGCGACAUCCUCUUCUCUUUUCUUCGACGACGACGACGACGACCUGGUCAUGGUCUAG